CACAGCAGUUUUGCUUCUAAUUGUAUCUGGCUUUAGAUGCUAAUCUGCAUUGUUGUUUUUUUAAUUGCUUUUAAAUUCCUGUAUAACUUUAUAAUUGUUGUUACAGCUGUGAAGGUUCAUAGGUGACUGACAAAUAACUUGUGCAAAGAUAAACACUUUCUCUGCUGAGUUUCCUCAAAGCCGUAUUGGCUUAAGAUACUUAUCACCAAAGAAGAUGAGUGAUGGGAACAGUAAAUAUCGAAUUCUUCAAGCACAGGCUGUUGGACACCUGUUUUGUCUGAAAUGACACCGUGUGAGGAUAGAUGGGACGGCUUUUGCUUUUUGCAGAUGAAGCAACCUCAUACUGCUGAGGAGGAGGCGUGAGGUGCUGAUGUGUGGUCUGAGAAUGCAUCCCCAUUCUCAGUUGGGAUGUGUGCCUUAGCAUGGGCUAGAUGUUGCUUAGAGGGAUAUAUAAAGGUACUCCUCGGUGGGAUGGAAGCACUGUUAUUAAUUACAGGUAGCGGGAGGAUCACAGUUCACCUUUACAGAGGUGUGGUUCACAAUCUAUGAAAGUCAAUCAAGUGAGUUAGGAAAGUGUGGAUUAGGAAAAAUAAACAAACAAGCAAACAAAAAUGAGCCAUCCGCUACCAGGGAGAAGCACUACAAGACUGCAGAAUGAGGAGAUUAUCUGUAGUUAUCCCACAAGUGAAAGUGGAAAUAGGGGCUGAAUCAUGACUAUCAACGAUCAUUCAGUCUCUUGAACCUAAUUCUCAGAGGUUUGUCAUGAGGAUUAACUCUGUGCAUAGAGGGCUGGUCUCUAUUAACUCCUUUAAUUGUCAGUAUAAGAGAGAGGCUCCCUGCAGGACAGCUUGGAUUCCUGUCUAUCUGUCAAUCCUCAAAGCAAGGUUGUGCCAGGAUGUAGUCAUAAGGUGUGUCAGUCUUCUUCCAAGUUGCCAACUUAUUCUCCAGAAUUCUAGCUCUCCAUUUUCUAAUGAAAGUUUUUACUGCUAUCAUUUCCAAGAAAAAUCUGAGAUGACUUGCAGGAGAUGCAGGCAUGUUUGCUUGAAUGUGUGGAGAGCCUCCUGAUAUAUCUGGAGGGUUUUGCCUUGUUUCAAUGGAGUGUUAAUUCUGGUGCCAAGUGAUAGUAGACUGUUGCCAGUAUUUUUGAUUAUUUUAGCGACCCAUUUAAGCCCUGUAUUGUAUUUCUAAAAUUAAGCUGUUACGCUUGGCAUAGCUUUUUAAGGUUGUACCUGCUUUAGCGAUGUGCAAAAAAAAAAAAGGUGUUUAGCAGUGUUUUUAUAGCAGUUUCCUAGGAAAAAAAGCACUCUGCCUCCUAAGAGAAGACAGCUGGUUGCUAGGUGCAGUAUUCUUGGCUGUAUGGCCCCAGCGGCAUGGUUACCUGCAGUCUGCCUGCAGUUUGCCUCCUGCUGCCUCUGGUGCUCCUGCAGUCAGUGUUGCUAUUAGAAUUACUGCAUGGAGCACACAUACAGAAAUGCUGCUUCUAAAGACAUCUAAAAUGUAGUGUACUGGCCUACAAAGCACUACAGUUCCACAGUAAUUUUUGUUGUUCGGCAGGGUUUAUUGUUAUUUUGAGCAGCGAUAGGUUCCACAAAUUUCAGAUGGGGUUCAGUGACAAUAGCUUUUUGCUUUCCGCUCACAGUGGUGAGCAUGGUUUGGGUGGGCAAUCACUGCCUAAUUCCCCUAGCAAUAUCAGUGAUGAAUUGGCCUAUCUUUGUGGCAGUACCUAAGAUUUUCAUGCUGAUGUCACUGAAACCUCUGUAGCUGGAAGACAGUAUUUGUAGCUUGUGUUUAUCAGUUGCCUGUUCUUACUACUUCUAAAUUUGUAAUUAUAUUCAGUAUAUAACUUUAAUGCAAAAAUGUUUUUAUUUCAUGGUUGAAGCUUUUUUUUUUUUUUUUUUUUUGGUACAGUAGCAGAAACAAAAAGUGUAGCCUGGACAUUUUCUUCACAAGCCUAGUGAAGAUUAAUGCAAUUAAUCUAGAUUAACUCAACCUUAGAUUAAGAUUAGUUAAUCUUAGAGUAAUGCAAUUGAAGCGUGAGAGUGUGGUCUGGGCAGACAGAAGAUGUGACAGCAAAAUACUUUUGUACUGGCACUGUAACAAUGAUUUGCUUUUGGGUGAAGGUUCCUAAGCUGCUUUGCGUAUUCUUAAUGUGUUUUUAUUUUUUGCUUUGGGACAAAAUGAGGCAGAAUAUCAGUCUCCUGAGAAAGACUGCAAAAAGCCGAUUGCAGUGCUCCAGGCUGGGGACUUCGGGCAUGGUUACCCAGAGAGGAGAUGGAGUCACCAUCCAGAGAGGACCACGUGGACCUGGCACUGAGGGACAUGGAUUUCAGAUGCAUGCCAGGUUCCUGCUGAAUGCCAGAAGUAGAGAUCACUACAGAUGGAGCCCCAAAGCCAGCACGGCAGUGGUGGUUCGCUGGUGGUGAUUCAGCAGCCCUCUCUGGACAGCCGGCAGCGGCUGGAGUACGAGCGGGAGAGCCAGCCUACAGCUAUCUUGUCGCUGGACCAGAUCAAGGCGAUCCGCGGCAGCAAUGAUUACACUGAGGGUCCAUCUGUGGUGAAAAAAUCCGGUCCGCGGACAGCACCGAGGCAAGAGAAGCACGAAAGGACUCAUGAGAUCAUACCGAUUAAUGUGAAUAACAAUUACGAACACAGACCCAGCCACGUGGGGCACGUGGCACAUCAGCAUAAUGCGAGGGUCCCUGUUUUGAGCAGAUCAACCAGCACGGGGAGCGCGGCCAGCUCUGGGAGCAACAGCAGUGCUUCUUCGGAGCAAGGACUGUUGGGACGAUCACCUCCGUCAUGGCCAGGCCACAGGUCCGAGCGGACAAUCCAGACGCAACCCAAGCAGUUGUCGCUGAUUGUAGAUGAUCUGAAGGGUCCUUUGAAAGAGGACUUGACGCAGCACAAGUUUAUCUGCGAACAGUGUGGGAAGUGCAAGUGUGGUGAGUGCACAGCCCCCAGGGCCUUGCCUUCUUGCUUGGCCUGCAACCGGCAGUGCUUGUGCUCGGCGGAGAGCAUGGUGGAGUAUGGCACCUGCAUGUGUUUGGUCAAAGGGAUCUUCUACCACUGUUCUAACGACGAUGAAGGGGACUCAUACGCGGAUAAUCCCUGCUCUUGCUCCCAGUCACAUUGCUGUUCUAGGUACCUGUGCAUGGGAGCCAUGUCCUUGUUUUUGCCUUGCUUGCUCUGUUACCCUCCUGCAAAAGGAUGCCUAAAACUGUGUCGAGGGUGUUACGACCGCGUCAAUCGUCCGGGCUGCCGAUGCAAGAACUCCAACACUGUCUAUUGUAAACUGGAGAGUUGCCCCUCCCGGGGUCAGGGCAAGCCGUCAUGAUUUUUGGAGGGAGGUUUACUUCCUCCAACUUUUGAUUUUUCAGGUUGUAGCUGAUAUAUAAAUAUUUUUUCUUCCCUUCCCCCCUUUAGGGGUGCUUGGGGGGGGGCUGCUUUCUUUCACCCCCCCCUCCUUCAAAAACACAAGUUAUUCCCUUUGAAUCUUUGUUCUCCUCCUGUAAUUGAGUCAACUGAGUGUGGAGUGUUUUACGUAUAGUCAUUUGCUGCUCUUUGGUAAGUGUGGACUUGGUAUCUGUGUCUGCCACCCACUUUGGCAGGGUCUUCUGAGUCUGUAACUGAACCACUCCUGAAAGAGACAGUGAGGGCUAAUUUGGCUCUUGCAGCUUCUUGCUCUGAAUAUCUUCCCAAAGAUGUUUUUCAUUCUCAGCAAUUUAUGUUUUUUUUUUUUCCUUCUGACCCCCUUGGGUACCUCCACGGAAUAACUCUCAUGAGUGAGCUGGAUUGUGAAAUUCUUGUCUGUGUUCUUUCCGGAGAGAGAUGUAAGGCUUUACCAAACGAAAGGCCUGAUUCUUCAGUAAGCAGCCUGCUUUCUGGUUUGUUUGUUUUCCUCCUUUUUUGACUUUUGCAAUAUUCUCAGUCCUGAGAGUUAGCCAAUUGUUCCUAUUGCUUUGUUUUUAAUUCUUUCCUAACACAACUUUGGUUUUUGCUACACUGUGUAGAUCUUCACAUUGGAGACAUUAUGGCUGCAACUGUACUUGUUUUUCUCUUGCUGUCAGAUGUUUGAAGGAUAUUGCUCACUCCACCCUUCUCCUGUUGUUUUAGUCCAUCAGUAUCAUGCUGAUAUUAAAGUUGGUGGUGUUCAUGUAUCCAGACAGCCUUCAGGUGUCAUUGAGUCACCUAAAUGUUCUCGAAUCUUUAAUGUUUCUCGUGAUCCUUUGGUUUAGUGGAUUUAGCUCCGCUCUGUACUUUAUAAUUUUAUUCUGUUCCCUGUUUUAUUGCCUUAGCCACAAAUUGUGGUCCUUUUUUGUAUAUUUUAUGUAUAAAACACAAAGUUGAAUCCCAACUAUUUUUAAGACAAAAGUCUGUUAAAACUUUUUUUAUUGUAAAGAAUAUUUAUUAUGUGAAUCUCUAUUAUUUUAUGAUAUUUAUUGCAAAAAAACUUUGAAAAUGUACUCAUGUCUGAUAUAACAAAAUAUCAAUACUUAACGAAAUAAGGAUGACACGAAGAAAGUACAUAUGUUAACUAUAAUGCAGAAAAUAUAUUAAUUAAUGAAAAUGGCUCUUGAGUUCUUUUGUUGCAACAAGAAGUUGUGAGCUACUCAUGCAUAUUCUGGGUUCUUGAUUUCUGUUUUUAUUUUUCCUUCCUAGUGGGAUAUCAGGUAGCAAGUAACUUCCUGUUGUUACUUCAAAACCACUAGUCUGUGCUCUAGUUUAGUUUACCUAAUUUUAAGUUUGCUAACUACUUGUCAAGCAAGGUUUUGCAAUUGGAUGUAUGCAUUGUGCUGGACGGUGCCAGGAGGUAUAGGCCCUGUUUACUUAACAGCAUUUGGACAUUUAUUUGUGAAGGAGGAAACCAUAACUUCAAGGGUUUUUCUUUUCCUUUUUUUUUUUUUUUUUUUCUUUUUUAAAGAAUUCCAAAUUAACAUGUAAAAGUACUUUAAAUUUUCCUCCAUGGAACUUCUUGGCUGGUUAAAUUGUAUGUCAGUUGAAGCAAUGAACCAAUUAAGCUGAAAUCUAAAUAAAAACCAAGAGGCAGGAUAUAAAACAA